AUGGAUUUUAACAAGUUGCGAAAUAUCUCUAAUAGGCCUCUAGACUAUCUCAAAGAGAGGCAAAUUUCUUCGUAUAUUCCUAAUAAGAGCAGCUUUGGCAUUACACAGAUUGGCUGGGAGUCGACUCGGCUGAGAGAGAACUCAAGUAUCAAAGGGAACCAUAAAGACACUAUUUUACACCUCGAUGCUUGGAAAAAGAAUAAUUUCACUGGCCUUUCGGGUAAAUUCUCUAAGAAUUUGGACAAAGAACUUGGUAUGGAAAGAGGCUUUCCGUUCCAUAAACUAGACUUAAGAAGGCAGAAGAGACUAGUCAAGAAUGCUGAUAUCAUUCAGUCUAAACUAUCAACAGGAGGGUCUGCCCUUAAAACAAUAACUCCAAGAGAAAGUGAGGCUUCCUUCAACUCCUCCAGAAGAGCAAAGAGUCAGAUCAAGUAUUAUAGCGUCAAGAAAAGCCCAAUGCCACAAAAAAGAUUCAUCAGUGAAAUCAAAAAGACAACCAAAGAUCUUUAUGAUAAGAUUUAUGAAGAGAAGCUAAAAUCUCAUUUUGUAACCCCUUAUCCAAAAUUUCCUUAUAAUUUGGAUAAGGAUACUAUAAAUUUGACUGAUCCUGCUAAGACAAAUCCGAGACACCACUCAACCCAUAGGAAGACAUUCUGAGGAAAGAAUAAGCUCAAGCCAAUGAGGUCCCCUGGGACCAAUAGUAAGAUCGAAUACUACAAGAAUGAUGCCACAGAGAAAUUCUCCCAGAUCCAGAAGGAGAUCUUGGCUAGGACAUUAGACAAUCGUAAAAAGAAAGGAUCAAUAUUUAAUGAUUUUUCUAAAUCUUAUAAAGAUGGCUCAAAACCUAACCACAGACGUAGUAUUGCCAAUAAGAGUAAUACUUCCAGGAAGAGAUCGAUCAGCAAGACUAACAACUACCAAAACUAUGAGAAAAAGAUGGAAAGGGUUUAUAAAAACCCUGAAAAAAUAUAA